AUUGAAUAUUGUUAUUAUUUAAAAUUGACCAAUCAUAGAGAAGAAUGAUUUUCCUAAACAAAACUUUCUAAAUAACCCAGUUUUAUUGUUAUUGUUUAGUUACAUCAUCAUAAUUGAAGUGGAGAAUGUAUUAAUGCAUAUCUAUCUAUUAUCCAUGGUAAACAAUAUAAACAUAAUUUCAAGUAUACAAUAGAACAGAUUGAAUCAUGAAUGAAUCAAGAAAACAUUCAAUAUAUGAUCUAACAAAAGAUGAUCAUGAUCAUAAUCAUCAUUCAACAUCUUAUUCAGAUGAUGAAUAUACUACUAAAUUAACUACUAAAAAACCUAUUAGGAAAUCUAGUUUCUCACAAUUAUUAUUACGUAAAGUAUUAAAUCUUUCUAAAAGAUUUAAAUAUUAUAUUAUACAUAGUGUUGCAUUAUUUAAUGAAGAUUUAUAUGGUUUAUCAUGGUCAGAAGCUCAUGAUCUAUUACAAUCAACUUAUGGAAUAACUAUAGAAACCAAUGAGAACACAUCAUCAAUCAAUUGUAGAAAAUCUAGACAUUUUAGUACAUCUUCUAUACCGACUUACUCUAUUACUACUACUAAUAGUAGUACUCCAAUUAUUUCACGUAAAUAUUCAGAUAUUAAUUCAUUAAAAAAACAUUCAAGAUUAUAUCAAUUAGAUAAACCAUAUUUUAUUCAAUGUAAAUCAAUGGAAAUCAAUAAGAAAUAUGAAUGAAUAUUUGCCCUUCCCCCCCAAAAAAACACAAAUCAAUCAAAAAUCAAUAAAACCAUGAAUGAUUGAUUAUUGAUUAUUUGAUUAAUCAAUUUAAUCAUAGAAACAUGAAAUUGUUUAAAUGAACUAUCAUUAAAUGAAGUGAAUAACUAAUAGAAUAUCAAUGAAAAAAAACUUUAAUGGAAUUAAAAACAUUAUGUAAUAAUAUUAAUGAGGGGGGGGGAGAAGUAUAAGUACCGGAUUGAUUGUAUGAUCUAAAACUAAAUGAAUUCAUCAAUCCUUAUCUUAUUGAUUGAUUGAUUUUCGAUAUAAGAAAUAAUGGUGAUGAUAAUGAUGAUGAUGAUGGCCAAAACCAUCUGAAUAUUGUAUAGUUAUCUUUGGUAAUAUGAAAUAAAAGUUUUGUAUAUAUGGAUA